AUGAUCAAUUACAGGUACUGGACAUCUGGACCUACAAAUCCGUUGGUAACAGAUUAUCCAGUAGAUAAUAAAGCCGCUAUAAUGGAUAGCAUUGCAUCCUCGUACAGCUUGGGACUGUCAAGAGCACGUUUUCCAGCAACCCCAACAUCCUUGCCAGGACAACGCUAUCACGUUAUUCCGAGUCUGAAUUUCAAUCUGGCUAACAGCCAGGACUCCAGGACCAGACAAGAGAUCAUGCAGCGUAAGAGUGCUGAUGCGCUAAUGGAACGCCAGAAGGAGCAAAUUUACCAGGAUAUUCAAAGAAGGAUCGCAAACGCUACCAAUAAUAAUAAUAACUAUAAUAACAGAAAUAGCGCAAAUAUCAGCAGCAACAACGUUGAUUUUAACACAACACGCUCUUAUAGUGACGAUAACAUCAUUACGAGCACAAAAGAAACGCACAAAUUCAGGAAGCAGCAUCGAUUUGCUAAAGGGAAACAUUUUCGACGACGUAUCCCACGGGACUGCAAAGUAGGAGAAUGGGAAGCAUGGAGCGCUUGUAGUCGUAGCUGUGGAGUAGGAGAAACACAACGAGUGCGGAAAAUUACUGUUAAACCACGACGAGGUGGCGCUCCCUGUCCGCCACUCAAAGAGACAAAAUGGUGUGGAAGCGUCACUCCUUGUCCUGAUAAUAAUAACAAUAAUAAUAAACCGAUUGUCGAUAUAUUUUCUUGGUAA